AUAUAGACGACCAAGCCACGACCAUCGAAGCCAAAUCGCUCCCCCGCGCUCUCCUUCCCGCGCGCACCUGGAGACCAGAAAAAGAGGCGGGAGAGUCUCCCGCGAGGACGCCGUCGCCGUCGCUCCACUCGCCGGCCAGCCAGAUAAAUGGAUAACUCACAGACGGAUGACAUUGGGUUUUUAGACAUGUUGAAUGGGGGAUCAGGUGAAGUGAAUUGGAGUGGCACACAAUAUUCUAGCCCAAUCAGUGAACAAGAGAAGAUGUCAACUCCGGAUGUUUCUGUUGUUUCUGCAUCUGCAUUUGCAAAAUCAAAACAAAAGAAGGCAAAAGCACCGUCGACGAAAGGGAAAAAUUGGUCUAGCGAUGAAGACAAGGUGUUGAUAGCGGCAUGGGGAAACACUAGUUUGGAUGCGGUGACCGGGACAGAUCAAAACUCUAGUUGUUAUUGGAAUAGGAUUUUAGAUUACUACAACUUGCAUAAGGACCCGUCAUGGCCCGAGCGUAAUUAUAAUGCAGUCAAUUGCCGCUUCACUGUUAUUUCAGCGGCCACAAGCAAGUUUUGUGGAUGUCUUCAACAGAUAUUAAACCUAAAUGAAAGCGGAAGGACUCUCAACCAGAAGCAAACAGAUGCUGAACUCAUGUACAUGUCUUUGGAUCCUGAAAAGAAGCCAUUCAAACUAAUGCAUUGCUAUGUAGAGUUUGAGAAGUACUCAAAGUGGGCGACACGUACAGUUCCUCAGAAAAAACAAAAGAAAACCUCCGAUGCAAGUCCAGGUUCAACCUCCAAUGAUGAAGAUUUUGUGGUAUGCACAAAUGCUUUAGAAAACGAGAAAAGACCUCGUGGUACCAAGUAUGCGAAAGAACAAAGAGAUAAAGCCUCCGAUGGUAGUGCUGUCAAGUUGUCAUUGGAAACCGUAUGGGCACAAAAGUUAGAGAAAGAUGAUAUCAAAGAGGCGGCAAAGAGUGCUCGCUAUGCACUAGCAUUUGAGUUGCAAAAAAAGCAGAUUGAAUUGAAAGAGAGGGAGGAUGCAAGGCAAGAGAGGGAGGAUGCAAGGCAAGAGAGGGAGGAUGCACGAAAACAGUUUGAAUUGGAAGAGAAAAUCAUGCUCACGGACACUAGUGGUAUGAGUGUUGCACAACAGCAAUUCUACAAAGACAAGCAGGAUGAGAUCAUCGCUCGCCGACACCACUAGUUUAUGUAUGAUAGCUUCCUACUACAUUAGCUGUGCCAACUACUAGUUUAUGUAUGAUAGCUUCCUACUACAUUAUUAUUACCAAGUACUAGUUUAUGUAUGAUAGCUUCCUACUACAUUAUUAUUACAUCACUCGUGUCCAAACUUUUGCCAAAGGUGCUCAACUAUAUCAUCUUGAAGCUGAAAAUGAUCAUGUUGGUUUCUAAUCUGUUGAUGCAUCUGAAUGAAAGCACUCAGCUCUUCUGCGUGAGUGCGAGAUACUGUGACUCUUUCUCCCAUUGCCUCAUAACUGUAAUUUUGGCGACCAGUGUGCCGCUCCUCUUCAACUAUCAUAUUGUGCAUUAUGACACAAGCUUUCAUGACAUCGCCGAUUUCUUUACGCUUCCAUCCUUUCGCAGGUCCUCGAACAAUGGCAAAACGGGCUUGGAGAACUCCAAAGGCUCGUUCCACAUCCUUUCUAGCCGCCUCUUGCCUUUUAGCAAAUAAUUUCUUCUUUCUGGUUGAUGGAGCUGGUAUGGUUUUCACAAGUGUUGCCCACUUUGGAUAUAUACCAUCUGCAAGGUAAUACCCCAUUGUGUAUUGAUGACCAUUGAUGGUAUAAUUCACUUCUGGAGCUUUACCCUCUGCUAGCUUUGCAAACACAUGAGAACGGUCAAGAACAUUUAUAUCAUUGUUUGACCCUGGUAAACCGAAGAAUGCAUGCCAAAUCCAAAGAUCCUUUGAAGCAACUGCCUCCAAGAUCAUUGUGGGCUCUUUCACAUGGCCUUUAAACAUGCCAUGCCAUUUUUUUGGGCAAUUUUUCCAGCCCCAGUGCAUGCAAUCUAUACUCCCUAACAUACCAGGAAAUCCUCUUUCCUCCCCUACUGCAAGUAAUCUUGCAAUAUCAUCUUCAUUUGGAGA